GACACGACUGAUCUUACCACCAUCGCAGACAUCUCGUUAACAGAAGAGGAAGUAUGUGUUGUACUCAAAGCACUGGAUGCAGCCAAAGCCACCGGCCCCGACAAAAUCCCAGCGUUACUGCUGAAGAACUGUGCAGUUAACAUCAGUUCAUCUCUAUGCCAGCUGUUCAACAAGAGCUUAUCUUAUGGAAUUCUGCCAUCCGAAUGGAAGCUGGCCAACAUCAGUCCAAUUCGAAAAAGAAACCCUAUUCACGACGUAACCAACUACAGACCAAUAUCACUGUUGUCAUUAGUUUCGAAAGUGUUUGAACGCUGUAUAUAUAAUAGACUUAUAGAACACGUAUACGGUCAAAUUUACGAACUGCAGUGUACGGUUUUCUCAGGGGCAGAUCUACAACAUCACAGCUGCUACACAUUCUCCAUCAAGUUCUUAACGUUCUUGAGCAAAAAAACCAAGUUGACAUUGUCUACCUGGACUUUGCCAAAGCUUUUGAUAAAGUAAAUCACGAUCUAUUACUGGUGAAGCUUCACAACUUCGGUAUAAGAGGAAAUCUUCUUCGUUGGUUCAGAGACUUCGUUUCUGGGCGAUUCCAGAGAGUCACUGCGCUUGGCGUUACAUCAAAACCACUUCCAGUUCUAUCAGGUGUUCCCCAGGGAUCAAUUCUUGGGCCACUUCUAUUCAUAAUUUACAUCAAUGAUCUCCCGAAAUGUGUCUCAGACGAUACUACCAUGGCAAUGUUUGCUGACGAUACCAAAUGCCACCGUCCUAUUAAAAAUUCCCAAGAUAAGGUAACCCUUCAAUGCGACCUGGACAACAUUACCAACUGGUGUCACGACUGGAAAAUGGAGUUAAAUGAAA